CACUAUCCCAUAAGCCUCCUCGCUGGAAGUCCAUUCGUUCACCACAGACCCGCGCAACGAAAAGGCAGCAAACAUGUCGGACAAGAAACAGACUGUAGAUUUGGGAUUAUUAGAGGAGGACGAUGAGUUUGAAGAAUUCGCAGCCGAGGAUUGGACGGGAUUGGAUGAGGAUGAAGAUGCCCACGUGUGGGAAGACAAUUGGGAUGAUGACAACGUAGAGGACGACUUCUCUAAUCAACUCAGGUAG